AUGAAUAUGGAAAGAGGAAGAGAGUUAGUUUAUAAAUUGGUAUUAAACUGUGCUUCACGAAGAAUAUCUCCGAAGCAAUUCACAAACUUCUAUAAUGAAUUCAUUAAUGCAAGGUUUGACUCGGUUAUAGAUGGUAAUUCUGAAGAUAAAAAAGCAGUUGCUCCAAUUUAUGAAAGUAUUGCUAGAGAUCUAUUAAAGUUGUUAAAUGAUACGGAUCUCAAUUUGGUUGCAGAUUAUAUUGUUGAACUUCUGUUUGUUAAUUAUAAUACAGAGCUCGUUAAGCCGUUUCUACCAAGGCUUCAUGUUGUAAAAAAUCAGAUGAUCUUAAACCAUUUGUUUUCUAAGGCUACAGCUUUUAUUGGUAGUUUAUCGAAUAAGCUUAUUUUGGAGCAGCUUUCUGGUGAUGUUUACACUAUUAUUAUUCCUGGGGUGAUGAAGUUCAAUUUUAGUGAAAUGGAUAAGCAGUUAGUGGUUUCGAUAUCGAAGUUUUUAAACCAAGUAGUACAGAUCCCUCAGUCUGUGGGUGUCACGGAUGCAUCAAUUAAAGCUAAGGGUGUUAUACUGUUAAAGAGGCUUUGUGAGACAGAUAAGUUGUUAUACAAGCGCAUAUCGGGAAAUCUUGAAACGAAAUUGCAACUUAAAGAAUCUUCAUCAUCUUUCCCACCACCUCCAAGUGCCAUGCCUUCACCAUCUGUAACAUCUCCUAAGUACGAAUCGAAUGUUACGACGACCUCAAAGCAACCGUCUUCUGCUUCUCAUGAAGCGAAGUACCAAGAUGUUAAAUUAGUACGAUACUACAAGAACUUGUGGCUGAACAACAAGAUCCAUUACUUUUCUGUGACCGAUCCCAACUUUCUGGAUAAAUAUGAAUCUAUCUGGGCGCUGGUGAACGAAAAUGGUUCACCCCAACCAGAAAAGUCCCUUCCGGCAAAAGUUACAGAUUUGAUUGAAACAACUUUUACGUGCUUUGCACAGUUCGUGAAUAACAAAUUAUACCAUCAAUCCAAUUCAUAUUUCAAUUUAUUGGAACGCAAAUGGACAGUCUUUAUUACCAAGCAAUUGCCGCUAAUAAUCAAGAAAUACGUGCCUAAUGGCCCACAGGCUGUUGUGCAAGCAUUGGAAAAUAUUGAUGACAAGGUAGUCAAUGCCAUAAAGUCAUACAACACUGAAACAGAUGAGGUAAAGAACAGGACGGAGGAUCUCUUUGAUGACUUCCCGGCCAAUAAUUUGGAUAUAAGACAUGAGUUUUUGAAAAAUCUUAUAAUGCUCGGUUUACAGCCCCCAACUGUAUUAAACGAGUUUUUAAGAGAAGAUCAAAUGGUUGAUAUGAAAUCGCUUGUGACCACUGAGCAUCCUGUGAUAGAAAACAGUCAGGGUGUGAAGGAAACUAUUACAGACAUGCAGAAAUUUAUUACGGUUUCAAUUGAUGCCUUAGAUUUUGAAUCUUUAUUUGACGAAAGUAAUCAACUUGCCACUAGCUGCGACAAUGGCCUACUAAAAUUGGCACACAGCCUAGAAAAUAUUGCUCCAACAAAGCAAGAAGAAAUGUCCAAUAUUAUGUACAAUAUUUUAGUCCAAGCGGUUGAGGCAUUUGAUCAUAAAAAGGUUUCCAAAAUAUUAAGUAUCUUUGUUCUGAAUGUCGGUCAUAUUUUAACCAAUAUAUUCUGUUUUAUGGGCGCAGACAGAUUCGUUAGAAUAGUUGUUAAAUUUAUUGAUGUCAUUUGGGAAAACAAUAGGAACAAGCCUACUGAUAUAAUGUCUGAUGAAUCUGAGUUUGAAAACGUCCACUCAUUUAUGUCUUACUCAAUAGCUACUGCAUUUAUUAUCCAUGUGGUAAAGGUCUAUGGAAUCAAUUUGGAAACAUUUGUCGAGGUACCCUCAAAAUCUGCAAUCCUCAAGUUUCUGUCAAAGUUAGGUGAUAUUUCCGAUGAAUUUAAUCCAAAUCAGUCUGAAUCCUCAACAGUGCUUAUGAAGCAGUGGUUACGUGACUUAUUUGUAAACAAUUCGAUCUCAGAUCCCUUGAUGAAAUCCGCCGAUGUAAAAGAACUGGGUACAAUGAUCCCGUUUAUAUUCAAACAAACAAUGGUUAACGUAGAGUCAGGGGUAAUAAGUGAACCCUCCAACUUUAUCAAUGGGUUUGAAUACUUUCUACAGCCAUUUAUGUCUAUUGGAUUGAUUAAUAUAGUUUUUUGGCUGGAGCAAUAUCUAAUAACACUAAGAAUGAACGGAUUAUUCACGCAGGUCAGUGGUAACAUAUUCGAGCUUCUGAGUGUCAUUAUUUCCCCAAAAAGCAUAAACCCAGAUGCAAAAGUGGCCCACCAUGUAAUUCUGAAACUGAAUUGUAUUGGGUUACUAAAGCAGCUCAAGUUUUUCCAAGUGCCCAAUGAGUCAAACUAUGGAAUCUACUCUUCAAGAUCACAACAAGAUCCAAAGCUUGAGAACUUGAUAUCUAGCCUUGAAGCAAUUGCUCAAUCGGCGUACUUCUAUGAUUUGGACCCUCGUAUUACUAAACCAAUUAAUAACACAUAUCCUCAGAAGCAAAUCAGUUACAAUAAACUUGUUUUAACUACAGAUCUACCCGUUAACAAACUGCUAACUAAUCAGAUCAAUUCUUUCUGGAAUUUGCAUAGCAGUACUUACUAUAAUUUUGACUACCUCAUCGAGUUGGUUGGCCUAGUAACUCCUUUAAACUUUAUGGAAAAUGUUUUCCACACACUGAAGUAUAAAGUCGCCACUUAUGGUAUGCCAGGUUCUUCGAAUAAACCUUUACCCGGCGCUGUAGAUCAAGUUUUAUCAUUUUUUUUCUAUUUCAUGGUCCUUAUGGAUAUUAGAUGUCCGGAGGACAAGACUGUUCUAUUGGAGUUUAUCGAAAAUGGCAAAUUGCCUAAUAGCUUUUCCGAAAGCCUCCCAGAAGCCAAUAAUAUGAUGGUUAGUAAUUCGAUAAACACCCAGCAAUAUGAACCGAAAACAGAACAAGAAUUGCUUGAUCCAGCAGAUGAAGACUUUGACAUGCUGUUCGGUGAGUCUUUUAGCGGUAUGCCUGAAGAAUCCCAAAAAGGAAGCGAGUUAAAAGCAGAAUCUAGCAUCAUGAAAGAUGAACAAAAUGAAACUCCUGUGUCUAACUACUCGAUAGCAAGAUUGACGGAGAGUUUUGGCUACAUUUACUUCACUUCUAUGAACUUAAAAAAGGAAGCUUAUGAUGCUGGUAAGGUCUCCGAAGAAGAGUACGAGACUUUUAAAUCUCAGUUCAACAAAUAUGUUGAAAUUUUGAAAAGAUCAAUUAUUUGA